CCUAGGCUGAUUUCCACAAGGGGCGUGUACAAUAAUAAAAUUACAAAGAUAUAGUAUAUAGUAAGAUAUUACAUACAGUAAGAUAUAUAUAUAUAUAUAUAUAUAUAAGUAUAAGAAUAAGAAUAAUAAUGCUAUUCAAAAAUGUGAGUAUUCAAAAAUGUGAGUAGCGAUUUUAGUUUCAAAGGACAUGAUGGAGUUGCACUCUCUAAUUUCGGUUGGUAAAGAAUUCCAAAUGUGUGCCCCGUCAAACGUGAAACUUUUUUUCAAGCUAUUUGUACGCGGCUGUGGUAAGCAAAGAGUACUUUCCACAUCUCGAAGUUUAUAAUUUGUCAUUUCACUUUUGAAAGUAAAUAAAUCAGUAAGUGAUUUAGGACCCAUUUUAUUCAACAAUUUAAACAUCAGUUUGGACUUAGCCUUUAUUCUUUCCGUUUUAAGUGGCUUCCAGUCUAAAGCGUCUAAAGCAACCAGAUGAUCUACAUCAUUGCUCAUAUUCAUUAUGAUUCGAGCAGCUCUGUUUUGGAGCUUUUGGAGGCGUUUUGAUUGUGUUUCACCAAACACAUCACAUACUUCACAGCAAUAUUAUUACCAGUAUAUAUAUUUGUUGAAUGUAGUGAAGUGAUGUCAUGACCUUUGAUCAUGUGAUUCGUAUUUCCAAGUAUUUGUUGCAUGAUCGAUCAAGUUUUGUUAUUGCAAAAUACCAAAAUCAAACCAUAUCACUAUAGGCAUAGCGAACGCGGAAGUGUUUCAAAACCUCGUCUGUUUCUUGGUUUCGACAUAUUUGCUUCACAAUGUAAGAUAAACUUUACGAACAAAAAUCAAUUGGUAGAUCUAUUUCCACAAAUGGAAAGCAGAGCGUCAGCGAAGUUUUGUCAGCUGUAGCCUGUAAAUAUUAUGGCUUGUUGCCCGACAGAAAAGGGAUAUGGCUACGAACAUAGCAGGUUUGAGAAAGACGUCGACGAAAAUUUUCAUUGCUCCAUCUGUUACAAUGUUCUUAAAGAACCAAGGAUGUGUAGAAAUAAUGGCCACGUCUAUUGUCUUGCCUGCAUCAGUGAACAUCUGAAAGUAAAUUCGCAAACUUGCCCCGAAUGCAAUGAACAUUUGAGCGUCGAUACGCUUCGUCGGCCGCGUGUGGUGAAUAAUUAUUUGUCUAAGCUGAAGAUUAAUUGUGAUUAUGCCAGUCGAGGAUGUCCUGAGUUUACCUGUGUUGAAGGUCUCGAAACUCAUGUUGCCAAUUGUGGCUUUGCUCCUGUGUUGUGUUCAAAUGCAGAGUGUCGUAUGGAGAUUAAUAAACGGGACAAGGUUUAUCACGAGACUGAAGUUUGUGAAUAUAGGAAAGUGAAAUGUCAUGAUUGUGGACAGAUACAGGAGGAUAUGGGGACAUUAAGAGGAACCUUGUUAGAUCUGGAUGGGAAAGUGGAAGCUGUCAGGGAGGAAACGAAAGACAGUAGGGCUGAAGUUAAGAAAGAAAUAAAAGAUGUGAAAGAAAAUCUUUCCAAAGUGAACAAAGACGUGGACGAAGUCAAAGUCAUGAUGAGUCAAAUGUUAGAGAAGUUUAAUAUGCUUGAACUGCUCAGCAAACUGCCAUCUACGACCGAAGGAAUGUUUAAUACACCUAGGGAAGAUAUUUUGAUUGCUGGUGGCUGGGGUGUGAAAGGUAGUGCAGAAAUAUUUUCCUGGGAGAAAAAUGGUUGGUAUGAGAUUUCGGAUAUGAAUAAUGAACAUGCGGGAGCUUCAUCAUUUAUUUAUAAUGAUCAACUAUUUGUUGUUGGGGGACUGCAUACUAAGACAAUAGAGACCUUGGAUCUCAAUGAAUUACCUUUGACAUGGAUGGAAUUUUCAGACGAACUUAUUUCGACGUUUGAUCAUCAAACUUUUGUUUACCAACAGCGUGUUAUUCACAUUGGUGGAUAUAAUAAUGACAAGCAUAAAAAGUCUAACGUGAUUAGUGAAUUGCAACUUACCUCACCUUGCACAAUGAAAGAGUUGUGCCAAAUGCCCCAGCCACGAAGUUGUCAUGGCGCUGAGGCGUUUGAAGAUAAAGUCUUGAUCUUGGGAGGAGCAGAUGAUAAUGAUGAUGUUUUAGACAGUGUGUUGGCGUUUGAUCCAAAGAAGAAUGAAUGUAAGGAGCUGCCAUCAUUACCACAUCCCCUGACAGAAAUGGCAACAGUUCGCUGGAGAGAUCAAGUAGUUGUACUUGGAGGUUGUGUUAGGGAUGAUGAAGCUCAGAAUGAUGUUUUCAUGUAUGACUGCAAGACAGGCAAGAUCACAGCCUUACCAUCCAUGUUGGAGAACAGAUGUCAUUGUUGUGCAGUUAUUACUGGAAAUACAAUUGUAGUCAUGGGAGGUGAGAAUGAUGACUUUCUCUGUUCAGUGGAGUGUUUUACAAUGGGAGGUUCUACAUGGAAGUAUCUUCCCAGCAUGAGUGGAGAAAGAUCCCAAGCAGUUGCUGAAGUUCUACCCUCGACAAGGAAAUGUGUGUAUGUUUGAUAUUUAACGCUGUGCGCAAAUUUAAAUUAGAUUGUUUUGUUCAGAGGUAAUUUAUACGCAUUUCUCUACCUAAGCUGGGAUUUCUGACUGAGGGUAAAGUAAGACGAAUAACAAAGUUUCUCCAAUAAACAGCAUAUAGAUAUUUGUCUAUCACCUCGCAGUGAUAAACAAAUUUGAUUCGAUGAAACAAUGAUACAAUUUCGGAAUGACGCUCAUUGGCUACUAUAGCUCCAAAAGUAUACGACUUUAUAACAAUGUCGGCGAAUUCUAGCUACAGGCUCCGAGGGGUAUAAAUCUUGUAUAUCCCUCAGGCCUUUGGAAUAAGUGUUAAUAUGUGUGGCUAAGCACAUUUUACUUUUUGAUACUGAAUUACUUUAGCACCAGUGUGUUUCAAGAAAAGUAGACUGCAUUUAAUCAAUCAAUAGCUUAACAUAUGUAUGUCUUUCAUGGAAAAUAAAG